UGUUAUCGAACCCUCAUUUUGCAAAGUAAUACUUUGGUGGCGUAUAUUCAUUUAUAUGUAUAUGGAUGUAUCCUCUCAUAUAUCACAUCAUACUUAAGGAUCAAGGUUUGCACGAUACGUCUAAGAGAGUUUUAGCUGAGAAGCUUGUAUGAUAAAGCUGACUAACGAGCAACUGACGUGAUGCCGGAAGAUCCUGGAAGGUUACCGGGAACCAAUCUUGAGGAAAAGAUUAUGAUUAUAGAUUAUUUCAAAAACUCAAACAAACCGCAAAGUGAAACAGUAGAGCAUUUCAAGGACAAGUUCUCCAUUUCCACUUCUAGCUUCAGCGAAUGGCUGAAGCAUGAAGAAGAAUUAAGGGAACGGUAUAUCAGAGCUGUCAAUGGCCCACGAGGCGUAUCAGAAAAUUUAAAGCUUUCAAAACGAAAGUCGACAUUCAAAUAUGGCCCGAUCAAUGAUGCAAUGCACAAGGUAGUCAGUGAACGAUUGAGUAUGGAUUUACCUGUUACUGAACCUAUUUUGCGGCAUUAUUGGUCUGAAUUUACAAAAGAAUAUGGUGUUACCGACCCUAAAAGAGCAAAAUCUUUUAGUCAUGGAUGGCUGGCAAAUUUCAAGAAACGGCAUGGUUUAACGAAAGUCAAAAAGGUAAAAUCAUUAACUAAAAAUGCGUUUAACGCUUACCAAGGGAAUGGUAUCAAUGGAUCCACAACCAACAUUUCAAAAAGUGGCACUUAUUCUGAAAAUCGAGAUCUACCGAAUACAAGUGAUAAUUUUCUGCGUAGUGCACCUAAAUCAAGAGAGAUGUAUCCGGUGAGCCUUUCAACAGUUGUCAAUAACUCCACCAACAAUUCCGGCCAAUACUCGUUAAAUUUUGCUCCUAUAGCGGGUGUCAAUUCUUACGAACAGGAUAACAACGCUAAAAGCCUUUUAGUUAGUAACAAACGAAAUAAAAUGUCUCCAGUUAAUGGGGUCAAUGGCAUCUACAACUCUGGUAACGGCACUUACUCUGCUGAAGUGCCUUCUCCAUCACCGCCAUCCCAACUUUCCGAAAAUAAUAAAAAAUCCAACUCAUCAACAACUUUGAACUAUUUGCUAAUAUCUAACGAGAAUGGAGGCAGCUAUUCAAGCCUUUCCUAUGUACGACCAAGGCCAGAUACAGAAUAUUCUCUUUUGCCAAACGAAUAUCAAAAACCUUCUAGCGUAACUUUCAGCAAUAUCACCGAGAACAAUACCAAUACCAAUACCAAUACCAAUAAUGAAAACAGUGGUACCACUGCUAUUGAUUCUAGUACUAACCGCAGUAGCAGUGGUAAUGAUUACGAUCAGAAAAAUAGGACUCCAGGAGAUACUAAUGAAGAUAAUAGCAGUACGAGUAAAACUCAUACCAGCAGCACUAGUCCAGGUAAUAAGUAUGGUAGUGGCGGCGACACUAAUAAUUCCGGUGCAAAUGGAUCUAGUAGUACAGGUUCUCAGUUUAAUCUACAACAAAUUUUGAAUUCACAUCUUUCUAAGCCCCUCACGUCUACACCAAUACAACAUUCGAACUUUAGUAUCAAUAUGAAUCCUGGGAUGAAUUCAAGAGCAGGUCCUCACUAUCAAAACCUCAUUUAUGCUCGAAAUAAUGGCUCAACUUCAAUGGGACGUAAAAAUUUAAACCCCACAGCAUCACCAGUAUAUAGCAAUGGAACUGGAACUGGAACUGGAACUUUCAUGAGCAAUGUUCAAAACACUAUGUUGGAAAGUAUGUCAAAUGUACCCAAAAAAGCUUCUGCAAAUUAUGCUUCUACGCCUUCUUCAUCUCUGCCAGUACAAAGCUUUCUUCCUAAAGUAAAUGCGCAAUCCAGCGCAAUUCUCUCCUCGGUGGAGAAUAAAAUACCAUAUCACAAUUAUAGUACGAGCGCUUUGAACUCAAGACAACUUCCAGAGGAUUAUAUAAACACUUCUAGCAGGAUGGUCUUAGAUAUUGGUGAUAAAGCAGGCAAAAAUGAACCAGUACUAGUCCAGGCUAGGCAUUUGUUACCUAUUGUUAGUCAUCCACAAUCCUUCAAUUAUUCUGAAGUAGAUUCCAAGGAGAGACAAUCCAGGAAAGCUGAUGACGUUGCUGCCCCUAUUGAUACGGCAAGAAUCAAAGUAACUUCAGAAGAUUACAAUAAUGAAUCAAGUUGGAGACUUGAAAGCAAAAGCUUUGAUGAGAAAGAAAAAUUCAGCUUUGAUGACAUGGAGAAGCUUUUGUUUGUGCAUGCGGAUAAAUUUUUUAAGCAGUUCAAAGGUACCCACGAGUUUGAGCAGUCUAAGGAAUUAUUUGAAGAGUUCAAAACACGAUUUAUGGCAGACAAACACCAGUAUUUAGCUCAUGAGAAGAAACGUCGAAGGAAUUCUGAAAACACCUAUUCCGGCAUUACUACUACCGGAAGGGAUUAUGAUAGUGGGUAUUCGGAUAAUUUGUUUUCCAAAAAAUGAGUACUUGUCAUCUCCAUUAUUUUCUGGAACUUGGAAAGAUUCAAUGUAAACCUAUUAUUUCGCAGUGUUUUCCGGAGGUUUCAAUCCCGUUACCUCUGCUGUGGCUUUGUAUCAAUUGUAUAUUAGAAAAUGAUGUAUUUUUUUGUUUGGUAAACAAAU